AUGGUGUGUCAGUGUUCACCCAGAGAUGCUUUGCGGCUGUGCGAACAACGCUUGAAGGAAGCUAACUUACUAAAAUGGCGGUGGUUGUGAGGUCUCUGCAGGAUCAGCUGGAAAAGGCAAAGGAAAGCUUGAAAAAUGUGGAUGAAAACAUUCGAAAAUUAACAGGAAGAGAUCCCAAUGAGCUUAGACCUGGCCAGGCAAGGAGACUAAGCAUUCAAGGCAUUGGUGGAGGUAGGGGCAGAGGGAUUAACUUGAGGCGUGGGCUCUCCGACAGUGGAGGGGGACCCCCGGGUAAGCAGAGAGACAUUGAAGGUGCCCUCCUGAGGCUGGCCGGAGACCAAAGGGCGAGGAGAGAUUCCCAACAUGACAGUGAUGCUGACGAUGACGACGAUGUCAAAAAGCCGGCCUUGCAGUCAUCAGUGGUCGCUACUGCCAAAGAAAGAACGCGUCGUGACCUCAUUCAGGAUCAAACCAUGGAUGAAAAGGGGAAGCAAAGGAAUCGGCGCAUGUUUGGCCUGCUGAUGGGUACUCUUCAGAAAUUUAAACAGGAGUCCACAGUGGCCACAGCGAAGGAAAAAAAGCGUUUGGAGAUUGAACAAAAGCUGGAAGUCCAAGCUGAGCAGGAGCGCAAGAAGGUAGAAAGCGAGAGGCGUGGGCUCUUUGAAGAGCGUCGAGCCAAGCAGACUGAGCUCCGACUUCUGGAACAAAAAGUGGAACUUGCUCAAUUGCAAGAUGAAUGGAAUGUGCACAACGAAAAAAUUGUAAAAUACAUCCGCACGAAAACAAAGCCACCAAUUUUCUACAUUCCUGGAAGAAUGUGCUCAGCUACACAGAAGUUGUUUGAGGAGUCUCAGAAGAAAAUGAAUGUCAUGCUGGAGGCAAGACGCGCGGAGUUCGCCGAGCAGCUGGACAAGAUGGAGCUGCGGCCGCCUCGCCGCCAGUCCAUGAGAGACCAAGACCAGGAGGCCACUCGCAGAGAAGAGCGCAAGGUGGAGGACAAGCCCAUCAGCCAGCCGGUGGAGGUGGACCUGCCAAGCAAGAAUGAUGUAGAGAUGGAGGAGGCAGGGGAGGAGGUGAGCAUAGUGCAGAGUGAUGGAGAACCGGAACAACAGCAGGAGGAGGAGAGCACUGGGCAGGAGCAGCAGGAGGAGGAGUGCAUUGGGGAGGAACAGAAACAGCAGGCGGAGACAAAUAAGGAAGAUGAAGUGGAGGAGGAAGAUGAUGAUGGAGGUGUAGGGACAAUGGAGGUCAGGGUGGGAGAGGAGUUUGUGGCCAUUGCAGAAGUCACUGCUGUGGAGCAGACCGAUGGUGGCCAGCAGAAGGAGUCUGUAGAUGUGGAUGUGGGCCCAGCAGUCAAGUUGGAGGUUGAUGAUGAAAAGAGUGAGGUAGUUGAGAUGGAGGCAGAGACGGAGCCUCCAGCAGACCCACCGCAGGACUCCAUGGAGUCGGACAGUGGGGAGAACAGCCUCGAAGCCCAGACUGCAGCCAAAAUGCCACCCCCAAUGGCACCGAUGGUCCCAGGGCCAGAGCCCACCAUAGAAAUCUCCCUGCCCACCAUCCCGGAUACCCAACUUCCCCCGCAGGGUGUUGCUGUCGAGCAACCCGAGCACCGAAAGCUAGCCCUGGCGCCAAGGCCGGAGCAGGACCUCCUGCCUCUGCAACCCAACCCCAAGGUGAAGGCUCCAGGGCCCCAGGGAGACGGCCGGGGGCGACCCCGGGCCAAGAACAGCCGGAGCAGCUCCAGCUCCUCCUCCGGAUCCUCGUCCAGCGGCUCCUCGUCCGGCUCCUCCUCGUCCUCCGGGAGCAGCUCCUCCUCCAGCAGCAGCUCCAGCAGCAGGAGUCGAGGCAGAGGCAGGACCGGCGCAGGGCGCGACCGGGACAGGAAGCAUCGGAAGCGCCCUGCGGAGAGGGACAGGGACCGGCGGAAACGGAGCGGGGCGGGCGGCGACAGCGGGCGCAAGCCGUCCGCCAGCGGCGGUCACGACUCCAAGGGCUCCAAGGACAAGAGCUCAAAGUCCGACAGGAAGAGGGUCUCCUCAGGCCAGCGGUCCGCUCGCAGUGACCGGGAUCGCAGGUCUGAUCGGAAGGACAAGAGACGCUAAAACUGUACCACUGGAUGGGACUCCCUCUGGCUGCUGGUAGGAAGCCAGAUAUCUAGUAAUGGAAGUGCAGUUCAUUGCUGGGUAGGUAAACUUCAACGAAAGCGUCUUCGAUUUUUCAAAAUGCAGGGCGCGUGCAACUGCUCAAGGGACCAUUCAAAACAAAGGUUUUCAACAUGGCAUUGCUCUGUUCCUGUUUCCCUGUUCAUAGUACCGGACUUCAAGAGCAAUCAAAGACUAAUUCAAGGGCCCCUUGUAAGGAACUGGAGGGAAAUGUCCAAAACACUUCAUAUACUUGAAGCUAGAGAUGUGAUGCUGAAUUUAAAAAGAGGGGAAAGAAUGUGUACAUGCUGAGAUGCAUACCUUUUUAAAUGUGCUACUGAUUUUAUGGAGUACCAUUUGCCAGUUUGGCCCACCUGUAAUUGUCACCAAUUAUUUGAAGCUGAGCCUUGUUUUGGACAAUGGGCAAUGCCUCUGGUCCAACCAGCAGAUCAAAUAAAAAUGUUUUUUUUUAGAGCUGUACCUCUCAGAAUUCCUUUACUGAUGUAAUGGGAACUUUUAAAUUACUUUAGUUUUUCAUGCUUUUGAUUUUUAUUAUUCCUCCCCCUAAAAGAGAUUGCAUUUAUUUUAUCUUCGAUCUGUAAUCGUGUGGGGACCUGAGUCAUGAAAGGGGUACUUUGGGAACUUGCUGAAUGCAUUUGUUUUUGUACAAGUAAAUGAAAAACAUCUCCAUUUAAUAAAAGCAAGCAUUCAUUCAAAA